CAGCCCGGAGCGGGAGGACUCCGGUGCCCGGGGCUCGUCUCUCACCCGCGGAAGGAGGCUGUGGCGGCGGUGGGCGAUAUGGACAACGCAGGGAAGGAGCGAGAAGCCGUGCAGCUGAUGGCGGAGGCUGAGAAGCGAGUGAAGGCUUCGCAUUCCUUCCUCCGAGGGCUGUUCGGAGGAAACACAAGAAUAGAAGAGGCAUGUGAAAUGUACACCAGAGCUGCUAACAUGUUCAAGAUGGCAAAGAACUGGAGUGCUGCAGGCAAUGCAUUUUGUCAGGCCGCUAAGCUCCACAUGCAGCUUCAGAGCAAGCACGACUCUGCCACCAGCUUUGUGGAUGCGGGGAACGCCUACAAGAAGGCAGACCCUCAAGAGGCUAUCAACUGCUUAAAUGCAGCCAUCGACAUUUACACAGACAUGGGAAGGUUUACAAUCGCAGCCAAGCACCACAUCACCAUUGCUGAGAUCUACGAGACAGAGCUUGUGGACAUUGAGAAGGCUAUUGCACAUUAUGAACAGUCUGCUGAUUAUUACAAAGGAGAGGAAUCAAACAGCUCUGCUAACAAGUGUCUGCUGAAGGUGGCCGCCUAUGCUGCCCAGCUGGAGCAAUACCAGAAAGCCAUCGAGAUCUACGAGCAGGUUGGGGCCAACACCAUGGACAACCCUCUGUUGAAGUACAGUGCGAAGGACUACUUCUUCAAGGCAGCUCUGUGUCACUUCAUAGUGGAUGAGCUGAAUGCCAAGCUUGCUCUAGAGAAAUAUGAGGAAAUGUUUCCAGCAUUUACUGAUUCCAGAGAAUGCAAACUGUUGAAAAAACUUCUAGAAGCUCAUGAAGAACAGAACAGUGAAGCUUACACUGAAGCUGUGAAGGAGUUUGACUCAAUAUCACGUUUGGAUCAGUGGCUGACCACCAUGUUGCUUCGUAUCAAAAAGUCCAUCCAAGGUGAUGGCGAAGGAGAUGGAGACCUCAAGUGAAAUACUGACAUCAUUGUGGCAUGCAGCUCACUCCUUUUUAGUUUUGUCUUUGGGCAAAUUGAUCUUUAUGGGAUGCCCAUUUAAUGACUUGAUUUUGCAAACGAGCCACACAAUUUAUGUAUUGUUUCAGCUCGCCAUGUCUGUGUUUCUAUGAGACAGUUGGACGGGAAGCUUCUGUUCAGGUUGUUUGUGAUUAUGACAGCCAGCUGGCCAAGGAUCCAUCAUGCUUACCAGAGUGCGGAGUUUUCUGAGUUCUUCCAAAUCUUCUUCCUGUUCUUUUGAUAUUUGGAAUUUGUGUUUAAAGUUGCCAUGUGUUUUUAUGUUCAUCUUCUUGAACCCUAGUCAAGACCCAGUCAUUUUCAUAGAUGCUUUACAAAGACCUCAUGCAUUGACAUCUGGAUGUAUAGCCUUCAAAUGUGUGGUUUAGUUUCAGGUGAGAAUUAUGAAUGAGUUUGGUUUUGCUCUGUGAUUAUGUUGGUAGUGCUAGUGACAAGUUUCUUGGCUUUCUACUCUGUUCCUAUGGUCACACGUGCAUGGCAGACACUGAGUGAACUGGGAUCUGCCAGCAUAGCUUGCAUUGUAAGGGGAAGGAACUUCCUGGAAGUUCCUGUUUCUUCUGUGGAUAAAUGUCAAGGUAGAUUUCAUUGAUGGGUACUUUUACACGUAGACACACACACACAAAAAUCUAUGAGAAGUACAGUUUUCCCCUUACCUAGAUAAAAGUUUCCAUUUUCAGUUGGGGUGGGCAUCUGUUUUUUCAUAUUCACAUGAAAAAGUUUUAAUUGGUAUCCCUUGUUCCUUAUUAUCACAUUUUAUCCACUCUCCACGUUGCCUUCUGGGCUGUCCUCCUCAGGGCUGGGCAGAAAACGCAGUGGAAGCUAGAGAAUGUGUGGUUGGUGUUAUUUAUCCGUUGGACAUAGCGGUUAGGUGGGGUCAGCACAGCAUAGGACUUUACAUUAUGUUUGGCUCGGCCACAGUCCCAGCUACAUCUGAGAGUUGUUGAACUGUAAGAUAUACAUCUUGAUCCAUGCUGUCUUGAUUGAAUCUUGAUUGAAGAGUUUGACCCUCCCUGUUACUUUAUGCUGGUACUGUACUGUAGGUGGUACCGUACUGUGGACAUGGUCUUGCUCCUGAGGUGAUUUACAUGUGAUCAGACAUAACUCCAGUCCCAGUGUGUUCUGUCACUGGUGACAUAUUCUGAAACUCUUCUCUGGUAGGAAGUGGCACUGGAGUUGUGUUUUCAUCUUUGGAUAGCUAUAGAGUGGUGUCAGGAGGAUAUGCUGUGACCAGGCCUAGGGGUAGAACAGGGAGGGUUUGAGGACUGGUAAGAAAGUCGCCUGUUGGGUAAGAGACAGCAGGAGGUGAUGAAAGGGGCCUGUUGAAGGCAGAUGGUAGAGGUCUGUGUUUGAUGCUCUGAGGAUUCAUGGUCCCAGUUGUGGUGAGAGUGCCGGAGCAGGCGGCUCCGUGUUCUCUGCAUACACAUCUAGGGGUAGAGAGAAUGAGUCCUGGAAUCUGAUGAGGAUCCUUUUUCUCCAUGUUCACGGGGUUCUUAAACAAAAGCCAGCUAUACCGAGGUAAAAGUGGCAGUGGAGCCGAGUUGGUCCUUCUUGACUUCAUUCCAGUCUCUUAAAGAGGGAAAAGUCAGUUGCUGCUAUGCUCAUGUAUCUCUCGACCAGCCAUGUGCACAUCUGAAAGAGGGGUGUGCGGUGUGGUUCUGUAGCUUGAGGCUCUAGUUCUAAGUCACUUCCAGGGGGAGAGGGCAUUUGAACACUAGCCAACUGUGCUGCACCACUUCCAGUUCAACCUUCUGGUCCCACCACUUAAGGUUAAAAUCCACAUGGCAUCUCUUAAAGCAGCUCUGUGGACCUUUUGCCAUGACUUCCUAACAGAUGCCCAUCUAAAGAAGUGUGGGUUUUCAAAAGUAGUGAUUGUACCAAUUUGCUAUGUCAACCAGUCACUUGUUUAUACUGAUAAAUGCCAAGCUGGCCAUGGUAGCUCAUUGCCAGUAUUCAGGAGUCUGAGGCAAGAGGAUUUCUGUGAGUUUGAGGCCAGCCUGGGCUGUAGUGUAAGACCCUGUCUCAUAGGGUGGGGGAGAAAAAGAGAAAGAAACUCUGAGAUCAGUGCUUAAUUAAUUUUCAUCCCAGCUCUGGGGAAGCUGAGGCAAGAGGAUUAUGAAUUCAAAGGUAGCCUGAGCUAUUACAUAUUGCAAAACCUGUCUAAACUGAUUUUUGUUUUUAAUACUUGAAAAAGAAAGAAAGGAAUUAGAAUGUCAAACAGGAACCAAUCUGGCAGAAGAUAAACGAGGAAGUCCCAGACAUUCCUGUGCAAGCUUACUUCCUUCAGAUGUCCCAUGGGUACAGGACAGUGUCAUGUCUCAAGAUGCCUAAGGGUUUAGGCUUUCAAGAUUUCUACAAUGCUAUCCACAAAAUACAGUGAUCGUUUAUGUUCUUGUACUUGAGCACAUAUAAAGGUCUUUCAUAAAGUUAGUUAAACUUUCUUACAGAAAGCUUUGCUUUUUGUGGCAACAUUUUUAUAGCUUGUGUGAAUUCCUUUUUUAAUUUAAUGAUCUACAACAGUAUUUUUGCACAAUUGUGACCAUGUGUGGUGGUGUCACUAUAACCAAAGUAUACGCACCAGCCCCUGUGCAUUUAUUGUUCCCUCUGGAAUUGUGCACUUUAAUGUCCUCAUGCCAACCUCUGUGCCCCUCUAGAGAAUCUUGCAGCACAGCAUGCCCCCCGUGACCUGCCUGCUGCAGUGUGAGCUGUGACCAGUAGCAGGCUUCCUGCCUUGUGAAGUCCUGAGUUGCUCUCCAUCAGGGGAGUACAAAUGAAAACUAACUGUGUAAAAAUUAAAUCUACCUUAGCAGAAGAAAUGUUUGUUUUAUGUGAACUUGUACAGUAAAUAAAGUAGAGGUAAUUAUGA